CGAAAAACUCUGUUUUGCUUACAUUCAGUAAAUGUACAUUGGCUGUUCGUCAAUGUUUAUAUUCAAUCACUUCUUUUAAGUUAAUUUAUACUUUCUCUAUAAUAAAAUUAAAUACUUUCUCUAUAAUCGAAUGAAAAUAGUAUCUUUAAAAUGUCCUGGAUUCAGGAAUUGAAAUUAUCGUGGCUAGAAAGAUUUUGUAUUAGUGUUCUCAAAGCUGGGCCAAUACCAAAACAUAUUGCUUUGAUUAUGGAUGGAAAUAGAAGAUAUGCUACUAGAAAUGGACUGCAGAAGCUGGAAGGACAUUCAAUGGGAUUUUCUAAAUUAUCCGAGACCCUUUCAUGGUGCUUGGAAUUGGGUAUUACUGAAAUUACAAUCUAUGUUUUUAGCAUUGAAAAUUUCAAGCGUCCUAAAGAAGAAGUAAAUUGUUUAAUGAAUUUAGCUAUAGAGAAAUUUACAGAACUUGUCAAGGAAAAAGAAAAGCUUGUGAAACAUGGAGUAUGUGUAAGGAUAUUUGGUGACAUAAAAUUGCUGCCUGUUGAAUUACAAAAACUAGUUGCUGAGGCUGUCUUGCUCACUUAUGAAAACACAAAUCUUUAUUUGAAUGUGUGUUUAGCGUAUACAUCCCGUCAAGAAAUAACUGCAGCUGUAAAAGAUUUAGCUCAUGCUGUUGCAAAUAAUCAACUGGAAGAAAGUGACUUGACCGAAGAUCUGUUGAGCAAAACUUUAUAUUCUGGUCGCAGUACAAACCCUGAUGUUGUAAUCAGGACUUCUGGAGAAGUGCGUCUCAGUGAUUUUCUCUUGUGGCAAAGUUCUUACUCAGUUAUAUCAUUUCUAAAAGUUUUGUGGCCAGACUUCAGAAUUUGGCAUCUUUUCUUGGCUGUAUUGGCUUAUCAAUAUAAUUACAAAAAACUUCAUGAAAUUGAAAAGAAUCAAGAUCUAAAAACUAAACAGGUUGAAGGAGAGAAAGAAAUGAGAGCCAUCAUACAGCAAUAUGAAAAAAUACAUAAUCUAUCUGAAGGAAGUUCUAAUCAUAGCAAUAUACCAGAUUCUGAUAUUGACGCUUUACACGAGGAAAUUAAAAUUCGAAAAACAAACUUCUUACUUAAUUUAGAAAAUGAACACUAUAAUUCAUUAAUAGAAAUAAAAAAGGGCAAUACUAAACAAAGAGUACCAGAUUUUUCUUAACCAGAAAAAAGUUAUUUUUAAUUGAUAUUGACUAAAGUAUAUAUAUAUAUAUUAAAAAAUGAUUAUCAACUAACUAUUAAAAACCAAUUAAUUUAUUUUUUAAUUUAUAUUGUUUCACUUCAGAUUUCUUCCACUGUUGUUACCUGAUUUAGUUGUUAUUAAUAGCAAAACAUUUUCCAAUAUUUAUCUUUAUCAUUUAUAUUUUUUUCUAAGUUAACAUAGAAUGUCAUGUCAAACUAUUAUUUUUUCUUAAAAUAAUAAUAAUGUAAUUUGUUAAUGUAGAUUAAUUCUUGUAUUUUGUAUGUUUCUUCAGACAAUUUUGUUUGCAAAGUGUAAAAAAAUAAGAUUAUUUUUCCUAAAAUUAAUUAUUGAAUGAUUAUCAAACGUUAAAGUAAUUGAAUCUUUGAUCAGAUUAUUUUAUGAGGCCUUAUUUAUACGUAUUUAAAUUAACUUUUACUUAAUUAAAUUUAAUUUCUUUUUUGCAGAGAGGCUAAAGUUACUUAUUUUUAAACCUUUUUUUAUUAAACGAAUCAGUAAUUACCUUCAAUAUUAAUAAAAUAAUGACAAACAAACAAAUAUUUAAUUGAGAUACAUGUCAGAUAAAGGCAAAAUUUUAAUGCCUCACCAGAUGGGUAUAUCGAAACAAAGUGAUCUUUUCUGGAGGUUUCUCUUUAUAAGCAUCUUUUUAAUUACAUUUAAUAAUUUUAUUUACAUUUAGUAAUAUUUCUUUUCCCUUUUAUUAUGCAUUGUAUAGUCUUUCGUAUUUUAUGACAUGAAACUCCACAUUCAAUCAGUUUUUAUUAAAACGAAAAUUUUGUUGUGUUCAUUCUGUUACAGGUUUUUAUGUGAUGGUUUUAAUUGAUAUAAUGAUUAUUAUUGUUUUGUUUAAUUUCUUGAUAGAAUAAAUAUAUGUAUAGACUUAUUCUGUUUAGUAAAUUUGUAUUAAGAAAAUGUGUUUUGCAAAUAUUGUAAAUAAUUAUUCAUACUGUUACAAAUAAAUUUUUAUUCUUGUUA